GAAGACUCGAACAUCCCCAAGCUCACAUCACAGUCCACACCAAAAAAACUCCCUUCUUUUUCUUUUUCCUACAAUACGAGCGCUUUAAUUCUUGUUCUCCAAUCGUUCGAUAAAAUUUCCCCUUCAAAACAAAAUGGCCGUCGAUUCGCCUCUCUCGUCUCCGCUAGGUCCGCCGGCGUGCGAGAAAGAUGCGAAAGCUUUGCAGUUCAUCGAGGAAAUGACUCGAAAUGCCGAGUCCGUUCAACAGAGAGUCCUCGCUGAAAUCUUAUCCCGAAACGCAGAGACUGAGUACCUCACACGGUUCCAACUCAACGGUGCAACCGACCGAGAAACUUUCAAGUCCAAGCUCCCGGUCAUUACUUACGAGGACCUUCAGCCUGAAAUCCAUCGUAUUGCUAAUGGCGACCGCUCUGCUAUUUUAUCUGCCCAACCCAUCUCAGAAUUCCUCACCAGCUCCGGGACAUCAGCUGGUGAGAGGAAACUCAUGCCUACAAUUAAAGAAGAGCUAGAUCGCCGUCAGUUGCUUUACAGUUUGCUCAUGCCAGUGAUGAAUCUUUAUGUGGCAGGCUUGGACAAAGGCAAGGGCCUAUAUUUCUUGUUCGUGAAAUCGGAGACAAGGACCCCCGGUGGUCUCUUGGCUCGCCCUGUCCUCACCAGCUACUACAAGAGCGACCAUUUCAAGACUCGCCCUUACGAUCCUUACAACGUUUACACCAGCCCCAACGAGGCCAUCCUCUGCCCCGACUCGUUUCAGAGCAUGUACACCCAGAUGCUCUGUGGCCUCCUUGACCGCCACCAAGUUCUUCGCCUCGGCGCGGUCUUCGCUUCUGGACUCCUCCGUGCAAUCAGGUUUCUUCAGCUCAACUGGAGACAACUCGCACAUGAUAUGGAAACGGGUUCCUUGAACUUGAAAAUCACUGACCCUUUAUUGAGGGAAUGCAUUGUUAAGACCCUGAAACCUAACCCCGAGCUUGCCCAGUUCGUCCACCAUGAGUGUUCGAAGGAUGAUUGGGAGGGGAUCAUUGUAAGAAUUUGGCCUAACACGAAAUAUCUCGACGUCAUUGUAACCGGAGCUAUGGCGCAGUAUAUUCCAACCCUUGAUUAUUACAGUGGUGGGUUACCUUUGGCUUGCACCAUGUAUGCUUCGUCUGAAUGUUACUUUGGUUUGAACCUUAACCCCAUGUGUAAACCAUCGGAAGUUUCUUAUACCAUCAUGCCCAACAUGGCGUACUUCGAAUUCUCACCCCACGAGCCUAAUCUUGACUCAACUGGUUUCGAUUUCACUCGUGAAUUGCCUCCUAAACUCGUCGACCUCGUGGAUGUGGAAGUUGGGAACGAAUAUGAGCUCCUAAUCACAACCUAUGCGGGGCUAUGCAGGUACCGAGUGGGCGACAUUCUUCGCGUCACCGGUUUCCACAACUCGGCCCCGCAAUUCCAUUUCGUCAGGAGGAAAAACGUGUUGCUCAGCAUCGACUCGGACAAAACCGACGAGGCUGAGCUGCAAACAGCGGUCGAGAAUGCUUCUCACCUCCUCCGUGAGCACAAUGCCAGCGUCGUGGAGUACACGAGUCACGCUGAUACAAAAACAAUCCCUGGUCAUUACGUAGUAUACUGGGAAUUGUUGGUGAAAGACUCGACCAACUCCCCAGACAAUGAUACCCUAGAACAAUGUUGUUUAGCAAUGGAAGAGUCACUGAACUCAGUAUACCGGCAAGGGCGAGUGGCGGAUAACUCGAUUGGACCGCUAGAAAUCCGAGUGGUGAAAAACGGGACGUUUGAAGAGUUAAUGGAUUACGCAAUAUCAAGAGGAGCAUCCAUUAAUCAAUACAAGGUUCCAAGGUGUGUUAAUUUCACCCCAAUCAUGGAGUUGCUGGAUUCUAGGGUGGUAUCUGCACAUUUUAGCCCAGCUUUGCCACAUUGGUCCCCAGAAAGAAGUCAAUGAAAUGGGCAUAUAUAAAUAGAUAGAUUCUCUUUGUUUUUAUUAUUUUUUAAAAUUAAAUUUAGUUUUUAUUAUUAUAUAAUUUUGUAGUAGCUUUUGAUGUAAGGUAAAAGUGUAAGUUGAGUAGGA